GUGUGUGUGUGUGUGUGUGUGUGUGUUCAUAUAUGUAUGACAGUUCUUAACCACCAUAUGUUUUCUGUCUGUUAAAUCCAAUAAGUAUAUAUUUGAUCUGUGAACAUGUGUAGAGUGAGCAUUAUUGACGUGAUGUUUAAAGUAGAUGUGUGAGUCCUGAGCUUUGGACAGACGAGUCUGAGGCUGGUGGCACACAAGGACAGACAGACAGGGAGAGACAGAUCGAGAGAGAGACAGGAGAGAGAGAGACAGAGAGAGAGAGAGAGACAGUGAGAGAGAGAGACAGGGAGAGAGAGAGACAGGUCUGAGGCUGGCGGUUAGUUCUCAGCGGAUCAGGAUCAGGCUCCAGACUGAAUCAGCACUAUGAUGAAACUGGACUAGAGGGUCUGAUCUGGUCUGAUCUGGUCUUUAAAAGCCUGAACAGGACUGCAUGGAGACGCUACCAGGAGACAAAGACUGAGCUGAGAAUGCAACAAGCCUGCUGAGUUUUUCAUUUUUAUAUUUUUGUCUUUUUUUCUUUUGAUCAGUUUUGUCAUCAGCCAUCAUCAUUCCCCACGCGUCACCAUGGCGACUCAGGAGACGUAGGUCUCUCAUGAGGAGCGAGGCCUGGUAGCUCGCUGCAUUCAUCCCUGCGUCGUCGUGACGACCUCAUCAUGAGGAAUAAGGGGGCCAAGCAGAAGACAGCCAGGAAGAGAGGAGGGGCUGACCACGCCUUCGGCUGUGACCUCACAGAGCAUCUCCUAGCAACCGGGCAGGACGUUCCACAGGUUCUAAGGACAUGUGCGGAGUUCAUUGAGGAACACGGAAUCGUAGAUGGAAUUUACAGACUCUCCGGAGUCACGUCUAACAUCCAGAGACUACGGCAGGAGUGUGAGACAGACUCGUGUCCUGACCUGACUAAAGAGCUCUACCUUCAGGACAUCCACUGUGUGGGCUCCCUCUGCAAACUCUACUUCAGAGAGCUGCCCGUCCCGCUGCUCACGUACCAACUCUACGAGAAAUUUACUGAUACCAUGUCUGUGAAGGGGGAGAACGAACAGCUCCGCCACAUCCAGAGCGUGGUGAAGGAACUUCCUGCUACCCAUCUACGGACCCUGGAGUACCUGAGUAGGCACCUGUCUCACUUGGCCACACUGAGCCACCACACCAACAUGCACGCCCGCAACCUGGCUCUGGUGUGGGCCCCCAACCUGCUGAGAUCUAAGGACAUGGAACAGGCCUCAUCCUGCUCCGGCGACUCGGCCUUCCUGGAGGUCCGUGUUCAGCAGAGUGUGGUGGAAUUCAUUCUCAAACACACGGAACAGAUCUUUAGUUCCGGCUGUGAGGAGCGGCCCAGACCCAGAGAAGCUCCUAGUCCAAUGGUGGCAGAGAAGUACGCUACACUUCCUGUUCCGUCCUCCACUACUUUCUGUGGCUCGCUGAAGCUCAUGUCUCUAGAGGAGGCACAGGCACGGUCGCUAGGGGCCAGCCACCCGGCCCGACAACGGGAGAACAGUCUCCCGGAUACCAGAACGGCCGCUACACUCUACCACACCGUCAUCGACCUGAAUGACAACAAACACAAGCUUUCCAGCAAAUCAUCAAAGAAAUGGAAAUCGAUUUUCGGUCUUGGUCGAUCUGCCAAACUUAGCCGCAAUGGGAGCGUGCUAGUGAGAGCUCAAGACAAUGAAAAGGCUGCAAUCCGCCCGUCCAAGAGCAUGGACUCAAUCUGCUCCCUCUCCCCAGAUGACAACAUGCCCACCUCUGGCGACAGUGGAGGCAGGGGUUCAGGGGGCGGAGUCUGCAACGGCCUGCCAAUCAAAUCACGGACCCUGGGCUCCGAGAUGGACUUCAGCCUGUCAGAUGAGAACCUUAAAGUGUGGGGCUUUAGUCCCAAAAGCCAGAGGAGAGGAGGGUCCACCGGGGCAUCAUCAUCAUCAUCGCCAGGCAACGCCCGCUCCUCAGCAGCAGGAACAACAGCCACCACUUCACAGAAGACACUGCCAGAGCAACUCAAGGUCUUCAAGGGCGAUGAAGCUUCUGGUUCCUUCCGGCCAACCUCUCCAAAGAACCGGCGCAUGCUCUUCUCAAGCUCAUCUCAUCACAGCUCCGGGGGAGGGGCCGUGAUUGGCUCCGCCCCUCCUCUCUCCUUCUUUCCUUUGGAGUCCCCCUCCUUGUCGCCACGGCACCAGAGGAAAGCACUAAACAUCUCCGAGCCCUUCGCCGUCUCUGUGCCGCUGCGGGUGUCAGCUGUGAUCAGUGCCAACAGCACCCCCUGCAGGCCCGGAGGAGCAGCUGCUGCUUCAUCCAGUCUGAACUCAAACCAGAGUCUCAAACCUACCAAAGCUCCGAGCCCCUCUGGCCCAGAUGCCACGGGAGGAAUACAGAAUACACCUGAUAUCAGCAGUUCAACCUCAAAUCCCGGCGCAACCAGGGAAGGGAAUGAGAACCUAAAACCCAACCCAAACACCAGCAGGAAGGCUGCCAGCGGUGAUGCCGUGGCCGGUGUAGUGGCAGCUUCUCGUCCCAUCAGUCCCAUCAAGGGGGGGCAGGGGGCCUGUCGUCCAGCUGAAGGAGCAGAAUGUCUUCUGCCAGGACUGGAGGACAUUUUAUCCAAAGUUGGUGCAACUCCCCCUCAGAGCCCAAAUCACCCUAACCCCACCCCUCAGAACCCAAAUCACCCAAACCCCACCCCUCAGAAUCACCCAAACCCCACCCCUCAGAAUCACCCAAACCCCACCCCUCAGAACCCCCCGACCCAGAGCCUGAAUCACCCAAACCCCACCCCUCAGAGCCCAAAUCACCCAAACCCCACCCCUCAGAGCCCAAAUCACCCAAACCCCACCCCUCAGAACCCCCCGACCCAGAGCCUGAAUCACCCAAACCCCACCCCUCAGAGCCCAAACCCCACCCCUCAGAACCCUCUGACCCUGAAUCACCCAAACCCCACCCCUCAGAACCCCACCCCUCAGAACCCCCCGACCCGGAGCCUGAAUCACCCAAACCCCACCCCUCAGAACCCAAACCCCACCCCUAAGACUCUGGGUGAAGGUCCAACCAAAGAGCCGUGUGCUUGUGUCUCUGGUGGUGCAUCAUCCAACAUGAACCUCAAUCUUAAGGUCCCCAAAGACCCUGGUCCAUCUACACCAGACUCAGUCAGACCGGGAACAGCAACUAAACCAACCCCAGCCCAGAAAGGUGAUCCCACAUCAAACAUUGACACAGAUCUCCCAACUCCUGGAUGCACUGUGUCAGCAGCAGCUCCUGUACAGACGCCAUCACCUAAACCAGCAGCAGCUCCUGUCCAGACCACAUCACCUAAACCAGGCCCCACUUCAGCAGCUCCUGUACAGACGCCAUCACCUAAACCAGCAGCAGCUCCUGUACAGACGCCAUCACCUAAACCAGCAGCAGCUCCUGUCCAGACCACAUCACCUAAACCAGGCCCCACUUCAGCAGCUCCUGUACAGACGCCAUCACCUAAACCAGCAGCAGCUCCUGUACAGACGCCAUCACCUAAACCAGGCCCCACUUCAGCAGCUCCUGUCAACCAGACUCCAUCAUCUAAACCAGCAGCAGCUCCUGUCCACCAGACUCCAUCAUCUAAACCAGCAGCAGCUCCUGUCCACCAGACUCAAUCAUCUAAACCAGCAGCAGCUCCUGUCCACCAGACUCCAUCAUCUAAACCAGGCCCCACUUCAGCAGCUCCUGUCCACCAGACUCCAUCACCUACACCAGGCCCCACUUCAGCGGCUCGACUAGCUGAGCCAGAUGACCCUACUAAAGGAAAAAAAAGUUCACCAGAAUCAGGUGAUUCAUCUGGGCUAGUACCCGAGUCGGGAUCUUCUAAGAAUGGAGCGCUGGUAGAUAGCCGUGACGAUGGCAAUCUACAGAGGUUCCAUGGCAACAGAAGCCAGAUGGCAACGGAACCUAAGGGAGGAGUCCAAGGUGAGACACUGGAGGUGUGGCCUGAAGAUGAGUUGCGGAUAAUGGAGAACAUUCCAGAAGAAAAUCUGGCCUCCGUUCAACCUACCAGACCAAGCUCUGAAUCUCUCAAGACAAAUGUCCCCUUGAGUUCCAUGGAGCAGUCAGCUCAGAUACCAGAUGGCCGGACAACCUGUCACGCCCCUCUCCUGUCAGAGCUUGGUCCUUCUCUGUCACAACUGGAUGCUCUAAGGGAAACUGACAUUCUCAAUGACCUUGAGGAAAUACUGACCUCCACAACCAACCAGUCAGACACCCAGUCAUCAACAAAGGACCAUCAAGAGGAACCGGUUUUGUUGGAGUCUGCGAUACCACUUCCGACUUCAAGUGAGGCAGCCGGAAAAGCCAAAGACUCAAACACUGGUAGCCCAAAUUACUUGGCAGCCAUCCAAGAGCCACCAUCCCCAGCAAUUGUUCAGGUUGUCCUUGGUGAUUAUAAGGCAGAGUUUCCUGGAAAGAUUGGACAAUUGGGUGAAACCCUCCUGGAAGAUCGAGGACAAGAAGAGAACGUCUGGUCUGUAGGGGUACAGGGUAGGGCGGAGGGGCCCCCCCAUUGUGGAGGGAAGGAAAGGAAACAUGGAAGGGAAAGAGAGAAAGGGCUUGACCAGGUGGAACCUUGGGAGGAUCUGGUGCACACACAGUGGGUGACCAGCCCCCUGCACACGCCAACCAUUGAGAAACUGUUCAGCGAUGUGGCCAAUCAGAACACAGCGAGGGUUUCCCAGACAACUGCCUCUCAGAUACUUCCUGAAACGGAGCAGCUGAUGCCAGGACCUUCACCCAGGGCAACUGCAGUCUCCCGUAGAAACGAGGCGUCCGCGUCCCGUAGAAAUUCCUCACCCGUCAUCCCAUCGCUCAAACCAGAGGGGAAAGCUGAAAACUCCCAGGAUCCCCCACUACAGUGGGCUCCCAAAGUUCCAGCCUCAGCUGCCCUGGUUCCGAGAAGGUUCCACCGCCAAGCAUCCCAUGACUCGUCUCUGUACCAGUCAGCUCGACUGCACCCCGGCUUCCCAGAGCAAAGGGUCGGAACCAAACCCUCCAGGUCCUCAGUCGCCCCUGCCACCCGCCACCGUCCUUGCUCUCUUGACCUUGAUCGUGACCUUGACUGCAUCUUUGACCUCCACGGUAACCUUUCACCCCACCAUAGAGUCAUUAGAGACAUUUCAAACCAGCCGACUCCUCAGCAGAAUGUUUUGGACCUUUCCACCAUCAUCAAAAAACAAUGUAACCUUGUGGAAGGUCGAGAUCCUGGCUAUGCUACUUGGCGAACUAGCACAGGUGGCAGCGCUGCCUUCUCAGAGGAACUGGAGCUGUUUCUAGGCAACCCCCGCGCCCCAGCCAGACGAAACUCAGCCCCGCCUCCGGUGGGUGUGGCCUCUGUGCGGGCACCCCUCACCAUCCGGACCAGCCAGGCGAAAGCCGUACCAGUGAUCCCGCCCAAAGUCCAGUACAGCUCCGUGCCAGGGUCUGCCAGCUCAGAUGUGAAGAAAGUUCCAGAAGGUCGGAAGGAUUCCAGGACAACCGAGGAGAAGCCAUGUGGAAGCACUGCCACGGCAACCCCAGGCAACCAUCCUCCCCCGUCCUCCCGUGCCAAGGAGGAGCGCGAGAACCGUGAGCCUGUUGUUUCCCGGGUAACACCAUCACCGACCCCGGCCGCGCCGUGCUCCCCUUCAUCUCCCUCGCCAGCGGAGUCCCUCGUCCGCCUGCGGAAGCGCUCCCCCAACAUCGAGCCUCGGGAGAACUACCCCGACCAGAUGCACCUCCCCCUCUCCGCCUCCUCUCUCCUCCGCCAACGCCCCUCGUUCCGGAGCCGGCCAAGACCCCAGAGCCUGGUUCUAUUCAGCCCCCCCUUUCCCAUCAUGGACCACCACCCCAACGCGACCGCCGUGGCUGCCCCAUCCUCCGCUGCGUCCCAGAACUCCCCCGCUGCCGCUGACACCCGGCCCCACACCCGGGUGGUCUCCGCCGCUGGCCUGGGCAGGGCGGCCAGCUUCUGGGACAAGCCCUCUCAUCGCCAGGAAGAGACCAGAUCACGCCGGGACGCCAAGACCAGCAGCAGUCAAGCCUCAGACGUUCUCUCUAAGGAACGCGUUGAGAACGGCAAAGGUUCUGAGGCAGUGGUGGUGCUCCGAGGGGGUUCCGCAGGGGGGGGCAACAAAAUGACUCUGCCCAAGAGCGGGCAGCGCCUGGAGACGACCCCCAGCAGCUGCUUCUAUCAGCCCCAGCGGCGCUCCAUGGUCCUGGAGAACCGUAGCAGCCGACAGAUCGAGUGACACCGCCUGGUGCAGAUUUGGGUUUGUGUUCUGUCCCAUCAGGGGAGCUCUCUAUGGCGGAGAGUUGGGGAGAAGGAGCUCCGGGACUCUACACACGCAGUUUAAGAUUCUUCACAGCAAUACAAGACGAUUCACAGC